CCAAAGUCAAAAUAUAUUCGACGAGGAUUUAACCGUUUGAUAAAAUGUAGAUAGUGUGUUUUGUAUAUUUAAAAGGAACUUUUAGUUUAAAGAAAAGUGUAUUUCGGAGAAUUUUGAACUUUCGUUAUUUCUGUGUGUUUUUAUUUUGGAGUAGGAUAGUCAAGUAAAACAAACACAAUUAUGACUCAUCUUGAGAUGAGGACUCUGGAUAUGCACUACGACCCAGACGAGACGGAAAUGUCUGCCCAGGAGCGCCUGCUCUACAACAACAACUACAACAGCAACCACCACCACCUGCAGAUGAACGGCGACGAGGAGCCGCACUACCAGCUGCCCUACGCCCACCUGCACCAGAGCCCGUACCUGCACCAUCAGCAGCAGCUACAGCAGCAGCAGGGGUCCUAUAGCAGCGACGACCACUCCAGCAUCUACAACCCUCGCCACAUCAACGGCCACGGGAUCACCUACCCGCAGGGUACGCUUCAAGACAAAUACAGUGUUGCGUAUCCUGUAAGGGACGAUAACCUCGGCCGGCGAGGCAACCGCCCCACGGGGUCGGGGAUCGUGUACCGCCCUCGGAGAAAGCUCUGGUGGGUGGCGGCCCUGCUCGUUCUUUUACUUUUAGUCAUCGCCGGCGCCGUGGUCAUCGCCGUGUACUUCACCGUUCUGAAAAAAGAGCCGGUGCCGGCUACGGUCGUAGACAAUGGGGCCUCAGUGAGCAAAAAUAAAAGCACGCCUCGGCAAAACGUCAAUUCCCGAGUCGACGGUUCUGAUACUGUGACUCAACAGCCCCCGUAUAACAUUCCAUACACCUCGCCUUAUCAGCCGUCGCGUUUCGUCCCGGACGUCAACGACAUCAAAAUUCAGAAAUUCGAUGCGUAUUGGAACCCUGGAGACUCGCGUCUUUUCACGGCGGUGUUGACCAACGGAACGAUGAUACAAGCUUUCGGCGCUAAAAGAAGCGACGGUCGCAUCAAGUCCUUGUACUCUCUGGGUCUAUCAAACAUGGGCGGCGCCAUGAAGUUAAUACGAUUUCUCGAGCAGAGGAACUUCGCCUCUGUUGUACUGGCAAACGGAGUAAUCGUCAACUACGACUGGGCGGCCAGCGGUAUCGACAUGGAGGUUAAAGUUUACGAGCCUUACACCGAGAAGACAAAAGGUCCGAUAUCUCAUCUGACUCACGUCGAAAUCGGUUUUCGAUCCUACCUCCUACGACAAGUGAGUAAAGUAAUGGCGGAUAUCAAAGAACUGAAGCACGACCCUAACACAGGAAGUCGACCCGGGAGUGCUAAAUGCUUCACACGUUAUCCACUCAAAGUGUCGAAAGGCGGCGGUAAUCUUAUCUACGAAGGGGCGUUUGUUUUGGGCGAGAUUUCCGGUAUCGACAAGCCAAUGGCCGCGCUGCCUUGGCCGAAAGAACCAGAACCAUGUUACGAGAACCUCGACGCCAAAGUCCAACCCAACUACUACCUCCCACUUCCGGGGGAAGUUGAGAACGAGAAGAGCGUCCAAGACGCGUACACGGCAUCGUCUGCUGAAAUGUUCACCAAACUCUGCUUGACCAUCAACGACCACGUGAAAACCGAGUACCACACGCUCUGCUCAGAUAUGGCAGUCAAAGUCAGGAACAGCCUCAACCAUUCUCAACUUCACGACAUCGUCUACGAAAGCUGCACCUCCAUUCUCAAUGCUCUUCACCUCGCGUGCUUUUCCAUCACCAGAAUCUCCGCCGCUGAUAACAUGCCGACGCUGGAUCCUAUCGGACUUAUACGUAGCUUUGAAAGGAGACUGUCCAACAGUUUUCAAACCGAGGUCCCAAGUUCAGUGGAUAUCAAAGCACACGCAUUCUGUCCUUCUUCCCUCCCCACAUCCUCCUUCCAAAACACCGUCGACAUCAUCAACAACCGCGGCGCCGUCAUCGCAGACAUGAUCAACAUCAACUGCCCGGACUACCCGGAAGUCACCAAAGUCGAUGUGUUUCACCUUCUAGCCAAAUCCGACCAAUCCCCGAGCUACGACCUCGUCCGGCAUAAAAUCGCCGUCUGCUCGACCUGCGCGUUCGAGAAGUCCAUCUCCCUUGUGGUCAUCGACGAGUUCAUGAUGUGCAACGACACCUGCAGCCACACGAACGUCCGAGAGAAGCGGAUUGACCAGCUUCUGUCCGAGGAGAAGACGUUCUCCGUGGUGGACGCCGUCUACUGCCACAACUUCCUCACCGACCUGGACAUGAGCCUGGAGAGCCCCAUCAGAAGCAACUGCCUGGGGAACUGCUUCUCGCACAUGCAGGUCAGGCUACAGAUCCGCGACCCCAAGACCAACGUCCUCUUCUACGACCAGACUGUUGGAUGCAACGAGAACAAGAACUUCAUGUGUAUAAAUAAAUUUGGGGCUUAAAAUAUAAAAAAAUCAACAAAAAAAACCCACCUCAAACGGAUGCAAGUUUUAUUUUAAAUCGUAAAAUUAUCCAACCGGAAGUGAUGUCACGAAAUGACAUGGCAGCAGAUGAAAUGCAUUAUUCUUCAUUGUCAUAUGAAUGAUUCCUAUUUUUGGAUGUAAAGUGAGAAAAUAAGAAACAAAAGCCCAUUGUCUGUUUAUUUGGGCUUUACUGUAACAGUGUCUUCACGCACGCUGUAUUUCCUCAGGUACCUCAAGGGUCAUUUGGGUCUAAAUCCUGGACAAUAUUGACCGAACAAUUUGCGCCAGUCGUGUCUAAAUGAUGGACAAUGUUGACCAAACGACUAACGUCAGUUGAGUCUAAAUCUUGGACAAAGCUGACCGUGCAACAACGGCUAUUGAAUGGACAGAGUUGACAGUUCUGGUCAGUAAGGAAAUCUCGAAGAGUGUUCAGUAAAUCUGAUCCGAAAAGGCUGCUUUUUCACAUUGAUACAUUCUUAGAUGUCAUAUUGACAUCAGGGAAAUAUGUCAGGAAUCAAGGACAUUACAGACCCUUGUCAAUUGACACUACUAAAAGUAGACAAUUGUCAUUCCUGUCAUCACGCAAACAUCAGUUAUGACAUACUUGAAUGACAGCAUAUGUCAGUCAAAUGCCAAUCAUGUUCCUGUAACAGUGUAAGGACGUUUGGUCUUGGAGAAAGUAGAAAAUAAAACUAUAACCGUAGCAUAACGGGACAGAUAACUAGUGUUUACAAAACUUGAUUCUGGUAACCAUGGACACGCACAGUUGCUGGUCACAGGCAAGAAAAUCGUAAACAACCAAUUCUAACAUUCUCAAUCUGAAGACUUCUGCAAGCUCUUUUCAGAUCAUCUUAGAUGGUUACACAAAGCUGUGGAUUACACUAUGUAAUAACUUAUGCAAGUUUGUGUUUCAUUCAGUGUGAGGAUUAUUAUGUAGCAGUGGUACCAUGCAAAUUGUAGAGAUGUUGCUGUUGUAGUUUAGUGAAUAGUGAAUCACGUUGUAUAAUGGUUCGACAUUUUCUGAUAAAAACUAAUUUGUAUAAUUUUGGAGUGUUUAAAAACAAUAUAGCUAAAUUAUUUCUGAAAAUAUGGAUUAUUAAUUAUUACUUAUAAGUGUUAUGGUUCGUUGGAUUCACUGAUUAAUGGAUACACGAAAGGACAUACACAACAUGGGAUAUAAAACUGCUUCUGGAUUAUACGUUUUCCUGCCCAUGGAUUAUGUGUUGUUGUAGUGUCACUCACUGCAAGACAAAAUUUAUUUGAGGCCAUGGUGUUGCAAGAUUGAGAACCUCUAAUACUAGGGACUAAUGUAACCCUAUUUAUAGACUGUAUAGUUUUUGUGUAGGAUGCAGUUAAUAAAGAAACAAACCACAAGAAUGUAGAGCAUCUACCAGUUGUCACUUCAUAAUGUAAACAUUUGGUUGUUGGCCUUUGAAGGAUUUACACUAGGAGCAUUGUCUUAUCAUAAAUAAAUAAACAUACUUAGAUUUUUAUUAUAACAUUAAAACAUAUAUGCAUUGCAUUUAAAAAAAAAAUAGCAACAUAUUAAGUAAGAAAGUAUUUUGGUUGUCAAUGUAUGCUUCUGUAGAGAUGUGAUUUUGUCCAAUAUAAAGAAGUAAAAUAUUGAAAAUAGACAUUUUAAUUCUAUGAUGAAUGGUCAUUCAAUAUCAAAUUGUGUUUUUUAUCGUA